UUUGAAAAGAGUAUCAAAAAAACCGAGCCAACUGACAUAAACAAACAAUCGAUAUGAAUUAAAUUUGCAGUUAAAUUUGUGAUGACUGUGGGAGCAUGAUUUUCGCGGCUGGUGAAAAUGUCAUUUACGGUGACGAGCCAGAGUUUAAUCCGAUUUGAGAGUGCCAAGGAGGACGAUGAAUUGAUGCGGACAUUAAUGUUUUUCAAUGUCGAUAUUUCGGGGGAAGUGUGCUGUGGUCCCCGAAACGAGAUUACGGCGCCAAGGACCUCGGUCUGCAAUGGAAAGCGACGAACUCCCGGCGGAGGAUUGAGCAAUCCAAUUACGGAGAGUGCGAUGUCAUUUGGGGCACCAAAUAAUUUCUACGCUCCCGGACAUGCUGAUUUCGAUCAUGGGAAUUAUAAGCGACGUGCUCCUGGCCAUCUAAGAGAUAACUCUGCCUAUUCCGACAGUCCCCGUCACUUUCAUUAUAGAAUGAUUAAACCAGGACGGGGUCAUGUCGAAACCGGCUUAGUUUCCCCAUCACCAUCGGUCGAUUCUGCGGGCUAUUUUGAGAGCAACAGGAGCUACAAACACUUUCCACGCUUUGAAACGGAAAGGACAUACGAACAUUAUUAUCCAGAUGAAUCACAUGAAGGCGAGAUAUUUGAGCCCAGCAGUCCAAUGGCCUUUUCCUCUGAUUAUUCUGAAGAAGGGGAGGAUCCAAGGAGUAACCGAAAUAGAUAUGCUUACACCGAAUAUAGGUAUGAUCAGCCGUAUGAUUACUACUCUAACGCUCCUAAGUCAGUUCGAAGACACUGUCAAUUGCCUCGCAAACGUCACGAAAGAUAUUACAGUUACCCUGAAGAACCACCACAAGAUGAUUACAAUCAAGAUUAUAGAGAAUACCUGCCACGUGAGUUCGGGUUGAGAACUAAUAGACCGUACAGGGACAACGAGUAUAGACAAGCUUCGGGGUCUAUGCCACCAGAAUACGCUUCAAAUUACUAUAUUCAUAAUUACAAGGAUCAUAAAAAGGAAAAUGAUUAUGACGGACCCUAUGAACCAGAGAAAAAUUACGAGUACUACGAAGAUCAUUCUGAUGAAAACAGCCAAAAUCAACAUGAAGAAUUUCAUCGAUACUUUGAUGCAGAUUAUAACAAACAAAGACGUAAGAAACCACCUCCAAUACCUUUUCCAAAACCCGAACCCAAGUACUACAAAGUCAAAUCUUCGUCUUACAAGGAUAUUACAGACCCUUCGAACUAUCCUACAAGAGAUAACAAAACUGUAAGAGAUUAUAAACUGAAAGAUAGGAAAGCUCCGCUUUACGAGGAACCAAAAGAUAGCUAUAAAAAAUAUAAAAGAUAUAAGCGACACUACCAGCCAGAAAAAAUGCCAACUAGAAAAAGUUGCAAUCAUAUUAGAGAAACUAGAGAAGCUCCAAAAAAAUACGAUAAAAUUUCAAAAGAUAUUUUACGUCUUGCUCCGCCAAAAAAAUAUGAAAGACAUAAAAACUGUCAAGACGAUAGAUUGUAUAUGGACAAGAAGUCUCACAGAAAUUCUGAGUACAGGUACAAAAUACAUAAUAAGGUGGAUCAGGCUAUCCCAAGCUCUUAUAAAAAAUACAUUAGUGAAGAAGUUCCUCCUAGAAAUUAUCACAAGAAGGUCAGUGACGAUAUGAAAGGAUCGCAAGAAAAUGUAAGAUCAGAACCUCCUAGAUCAUCCAGAGAAUAUGAAAGUCACAAAAACAGGAGACGUUGUAAGUCCUUACCGGACCCGAAGAAGUCAGUUGACUUUGUUCGUUUUAUGGACUUAAACGACGGCUCGGAAAUACCGCACAAAAUUCAUGAAAGCAACCAAACCCCAUCGUCAAUAUUUUUCACCAUAGAGAUUCCCUAUAAGAAAAAGGAACGGAGGUGUGCGUAUUCCCAAAAAAGUGAAUACAUACCAAAAAGAUCGGACUCGGGUUGUGAAACGUUUGCUAGUAACUUAAACUGUGCCCUAAAGUCAUUUAAGCCGCAAACAUCAUUUUAUGAUGUUCGAAAAGAUCGGAGGCGUAAAUCAAUAAAGCAAAAAAUUUCAGGAUUUUUUAAAAAGUCAAAAAUUUGUUUGACGAGGUCAAACAUUUUUAGAAACAAAUCAAAAGUACUGAGGAACUGCCAGCCAGGGCUACGACGCCUUAACUAUGCUCACAUUGAUGGCAGAAAUAAUGGAAGCCAAAGCCCUCAUUAUAUAUCAAACUCCCCAAAAACUAGUAGCCACUCUUUGGAGGUUCUAAAUAAGACGGUUCCUAAUCGCAGUCCUUCCACAGAAAAGGCAUCCGAAAAAUAUUGUACAAGGAUGGUACAGGGAUGUCAUUAUCCCACGGUUUACAGGGCAAAAGGCAACCAGCAAGCUGAAAAUGAUGAUAAAAUGUACCAUGAGUACUCCAUGUACAACAUUUUGAGUUUAAACAAUCACCGUUCGAAGGUAAAUAAAGAUGAGUAUGAGCACUGCGAUAAAGGAUUAACUAAACGAAACAGUCAAUAUUUCAGACCCAAUGCUGAUCUGCGUAAGAAGGAUCCCAAGCAAAUAUACAAUCGUGUGUCCAGCGGAAAUUGCAGCCUUUUUAGUGGAGAUAAAUGUGAAGAUCCAUCCAUAGAGACAAGUCAAAUAAAUAUCUGCCUUGAGAUAAGGGCUACAGACGUAAGUUUGACAGGCAGCCCGAGGAUUAUUUCAUCCAAAGUCGUGACAGGCCAUGGGUUAUCCACUAAAAGCUAUUCCCACAUGAGCAGGGAGCAAGUCAAAGAAAUCGUUUCAAAACCACCCAAUCUUUCAGUAUCGAGACAGAAUAGUGGUAAUUCAAUAUGUGUCAGCAAUUCAAGCGCUACUCAAGAAAACCAGUUUAGUAAUGGUUCCUCUACAACAAACAGUUCCAAAGGCAGUUCAUCUAGAACUGAAAGAUCUGAGGAUUUUACCAACAGAAAAUGUAUUGAAGAGUGUUCCAAGCCUCCAACUGUGAUCAGUGGUAGACCACUAGAAAACCUUUGCCCCCGCCAUCCGAUCAGCACCAAAUGGAGCUUAACCCGCCAAUCGAAGUCUUGUAACUCUCAAAAAGAAUUAUGCAACAGCUGGACCCCCGAUAGACUAGAAAACAAUUUUUCAAGACCUACCCGUCCUGGAUUGUUCCAACCAAACACUAUUGAAAUGUGUUCCAAACCACCGACUUUAAUUCAAUGCGAUAUAAACAAGCGGUCGAGCUUGAAAGGUGUAAAUAACAACUUCGAAAGGUCAGCCCCCAAGAAGGUAAUCUUGAAAACAAAUAGCUCUUAUAGUUUGGUUAGUGGUUCCGGUAGAAGUACACAAUCGGAUUGCUCAUGCGAAAAACCGUAUAUGCAGAAUACCCAUCAAAGUGAAUGCCACAGAUCCCAGAGUCACAAUUUUCAAUUUGAUGAAAAAAGAAAAAUUGUAGUCAGCCCGAGAAGAACUAAUAGUUUGCCAAGCCAAUGGCCCAAAACCAUUACCCCAGUCCCGAUCAAAAAUUUUUUUCCAAACCCGCUUCAAACCCAGGAAUCUGCACUCAAAGUCCCAUGUAAAAGUUCCGAAUCGACUAUAAGUAAAUGCUCAAGUUGUUCUGGGAAUAUCAAAACAGUCCCAAAAAACAUGCAGUUGGUUUCCUAUCCUGAUCCCAUUCCAACAUGCUCAUGUGAACCUCAGAGUGAAUAUGCCAGCAGUUUCACGGCUAUACCAAGUCAGGAUAUUACAGAAACCAGUGUUUUGGGGCAUUUUAGUUGCCCGAAGUUAACAGACAGCUGGGAUAAGGAUUCCUACACCCGGAGUAGCAUUGUGGAGGAACUGAAACGGGAGCUAUUGCAAAGCUUCAGAGCCGAUCGGCAAUUGGAGUCCCAAGUGCCUUUUCUUCGACCCACACCACACAUUAUGAUAUUUCCCUGCGUUCCCGAAGCCAUGUGCCAGUCUAAUUCCAACCUAAAUCCAAAUCUAUUCCGUAGACCGGAAUCUGUUGUCUACUGGACACCCGGUCCUAAGCCACAGAACCCUUUCUGAUGAAUGGUAUUUACUUCGGUUGGACUUAAACUGGAAUUCGCUUUUAGGGAUCAGCAGUUUUUAUAAAGUUUUAUUAAAAUAUAUAGUCAGAAUAACAAAAUAAUAAAUGGGUAGAACAAACAUAAAAG